UAGUUCUGGUCGAUUGCUGCAAAAACCUCUAUCGCUCUUGAUCUCGAAGUCUACUUCUACCUAGUUGGCCGCGGGAGUUGAAGAACUACAAACUCGCAACUGAGAGAAAAAUAUGCCCCCAAGGAGGACGACGCAGCGGUUGUUUAGAAGCGAGCUUUCCUGAUUCGCUUCCUCGCCUAAGCGGGACGUCGCAAACACCGCUUUAUUCCCGCGGAUCCACCAGCGAGAACAUAACAUGAUUGGGUCCCCGGGCAAGAUUGCGAAGGCCCGGUACCAGGAUGCCUUUGACUCGGACAUUUUCGCGGCGCCCGCCCGGCAGCAGCAGAAAGCCUACCCCGCGGGCUACCGCCGCGACCAGAACACGGCCGAGCUUUUCGGCGAGGAGGUAUUUGCCCGCGACCUGAAAAAGCAGCAGGGCACCUUCGAACCGCGGGCGGAUCCGCUGUCCCCGAGGAGGAAAAAGUUGCACUUUCUGCAGGGGGGCUCCGUGCCCGAAACGAAUCAGCAAGACUUCGAACGGCUGCAAGGGUAUGGGCAGGGCCGGGCGCAGGUCGGGUUUACCGACGACACGGACCAUAUUGCUAUCCCCGGGGAACAAGAGGGAGUUGUUCUUUUCAGUCGGAAGGUUUUGUUUUCAUCGUGUCUGUCAUGAUGAUUUACGUGCUUUCCGAUUUACGUUCUAUCCACAGGAAUGGUUUAAAAUUGGUCACCGAUGGCAGAUAUAAAUAGUCUAGUUGAAGAACGCUUCAUGCAUGACAAAAACCCGCCGACUCAGAAUUUUUCUCUCGAACAAGAACCACGGCAGCCAUCCUGUCGUAAGGAGACAUCAGGUGGGAAAGGGAAAAAAGUGUUUUUCAUGGCACUGAUUCUGGUGGUUGCUAAAUAAAAUCACCUUCUCCUGCAUACCAACAGUACGUCAAGGUCUAACUGCGAGUGAUGCAUGUACUUGCGCUCUCUGGUCGUGCACAGUUCAUACCUGUUAAUACCUUGCCACCGCGACGGCCGUGUGAGCUUAAUAACUAGAGGACUACAGCACCGUGGCUACAUACUAACGUAGCAGCAAGAUCAUGAAAAAGGAGGUUUUCCUUUCCAUACUGAGAGCUGGAGAGCCACAUAUUUCCCAGCCACGCCAAAGUAAAUGCGGAGGAAACGCAGGUACGUGAUGCUUGAAGAAAAAGGAUGCGUAAAACACAGUUUGGUUGGCGGACUUCUUUGUGCGCGUCACAAACUUUAUUAUUGUGUCGUCCCCGUCGCGAGGUAGUUUGCGUGAAAAACAGAGAUGUAGUCCUUUUCCUCGCUAGGCACCAAUCAUGUUGUGGUGCACCAUUUCGACUACUAUCUCACUGUCACUAACAUCAGGGCAAGUACCAGAACAACAAGAUAACGCCGCACUGCUUCAACUGGUUUAACAGCGAGCCCGUUGCGAAGCCACCUCCAAGCGGGUAUUAUAGGAAAACUUUUUUUUGGGGAUAUUCAUAUUUUGUCAUGCGCACUCACUAGCUUGAACAAAAUUGUCAUGUCAAUCUCCAAUGUCAUAAAUCGAAAAUGUUGAAUCGAUUGUUGAAAAGUUCUAUAGUUCGCCAAAAACAAACCACCGCAGCGCCACGAGUUCCGUGACACACCAGGAUCGGGCCUACGCCGAGAAGGCGAGUCAUCUGUUCGAGCAUGAGACGCCAUUGCCGCCCUCGCUGGAAUAUGCUGUGCAAAAGUAUCGUACUCGUAUAAAUGCAGGUCUUGCAUUUACAAAUUUCUUUGUUAAGGCAAAUCAGCAUUACAAAUUUUAUUUCUCAUGCUGAGAAAAUUUGUAAUGCAUUUAUACGAGUACGAUACUUUUGCAGUUCAUAUGGAAUCACAGCGGGAAAACUACCUUUUGUGGAAAUGAAACCUUUUAUCCUGAGUAAAAGCGGACCCACACCAUAGUUGUCAUGCAAAUCUGCAUGCUUAAAAUGUUUGUCAUGCGGAGCCCCAUGAGAAGCAUUUUCUAAGGGUGUUUUGAAAUUUGUCAUGCUCCAAUCAGCAUGAGAGACUAGAUCUGUAAUGCUGCUGAACUAGCUCAAACAGCACUACACUACGCGUCCAAAUUUGUCAUGCGAAACAAGCAAAGUUGGCCGAUUUGUCUAGCAGAUUUUCCAUCUUGACUCUGGUGUGGGUACGUUUUUACUCAGGAUACCUUUGGGCGGGGACUCAGUGUAGCUGUGAUGGACAGCAGAUCGAUCAGCAUGUCGUGCAUGUUCAUGUUGUAGUUGACAAGAACGCAAUAAUACUUGUACAGGCCUCAAGAAAGUUGUGGUGCACAUGAUCAGAAGCUGCAGCGUUCUUCCGGCACGACAAAAGUACUUACUUGAUCCGGUGACGCUACUAGCCACAGUAGAGUGCUAGAGGGAGCAGAACAAAGCUGCUCUGGUACACUCGCUACUGCAAUCGGUUUCCACUUGCAUACCCGGCGGCAAUGUCUCAAGAGUCCGAGGAUUUGAGAAGAAGAAAAGCAAAUCAGUACGAUGUUGUCGUGUUUCUUGUACGGUUCUGGCUGUUGUGCAUGACAAAUUUAUUUGCGACUGUUCGUGGUUGUCGUCGUGAAGGAUAAAAAUUUAUGCGCAGGACAACUUCAUCAGGUAUUACUCGGAUCUUUUCGGCAGAGAAACGCCGGCAACAGGGAAAGACGCUCUGGCCGCGUAUCAUCCGAAGCCGCUCGCUAUGAGAAGAAAAAGUUUAUUUGUGUUGCAGAGCUUGCACUAGUACUGAUUCAUUAUCAUUGCAUAACAGGAGCGUGUUUUCAUUUCGUUGUCGCUACUGGGCAAGCGUAGCGGUAAGAGAAAGAGUUUAGUGUUUUCUGCAACACAAUAACUUUUUUUCUUCCAAACUUCCGAGCCCUGAAGCCAAAAUCGCAGUGCACGGGGAGUGGACCUAUGAAGGGGGAAAGAUUAUCACCGAAGAAACUUGUCAUGCGAUGAACUAUCAGAGACAGAGAUCCUGCUUUUGUGCAGCUACUGCAAUGACUGUUCCAUAGAUCUCUGCAUUGUCACAUUCCUGUAAAGUAGACUUGCCAGCAGUAUGCGCCCAGCUAUGCAAGCUAGACGAUGUCGUCCUCGUGAUAAUGAAUUUUAUUUCUCUCGAUAGGUGCGAUGCUCGAACAAACGCGCGGUCCGACGAGCGACCCAUGACGGCAAAGGUAUUUACGGUUUUGUGAUGCUGAAAACGCAUGGGCUUUUUAAUUUGUCGUGUGGAUUUAUUCUCGACUUCAGUUUGCGCGUUUACAACUUCUCGGAUACCCCAAGUGCUAGUGCUUUGUCGGUCAAAACCUAAAAGAUAGCCUCACGGCACCACGACUUCGGUACUGUACACAAGAUGCUGACAGUAACGGCAACAGUCGGUUUAUUAGAAACCGUCUUCGUCGGUUGAAACUGAAACAGAGGCUUCCGUAGUUGCACCACUGCGUGCCAGAGGCUGCUGCUUCCAGAUUGAUUCCAAAAGGUUCGGUUGCGUCGGCCACGUAAGCGGCCUCUUCGGUGCGUCGUGAUGUUGACUAAGUGUGAAGAUUUCAUAUGUAAUUUCGGUGGCGUCGUGGUACUUCUAAAGCCCCAAAUGAAAUAAAACAUGCAGCCAAAGAUAAAGCGUGUUGAAUUUUAUCCUCUGUCAGGAGCGGCAAUUUCGGGAGCUGUACCGCACGGAGGUGCCAGAAUCCGGGGUAUCAAAUGUAAAAGUGUCUGGGUCUGGAAACUUGUAAUGCUGCGUUGGGGAUAGUGUGUGAAUGCUCUGCAAUGCACAGGCAAGCAUGAGAAGUAUCCGCGCUUCUUUGUGUUGCGUUUUUCGCAUGACAAACUGCGUUUUUGCAUGACAGGCAAAAGGGUCUCUUCUUGGACACGCAUCACAAACUUUUUGGUGAUGUCAGACGAGCAUGACAAAUCUCAAGAUCUUCCAGACCCAGACAUAUUUGCAUUUGAUACGGCGCAAGAGACUACAACCCGGUGGAUUCCGAGGUUGCACCUAUUGCAACCGACACCUCGAGCAAAGUCAAAAGGUACUUGUAUUGGUUUCAUGGAAGACUUCUACCACUUCACUCAUAAUUUCAUCCAGGUACAGUAUGUAGAGUCCACAACUGCUCCAUAAGUACUGAUGUUUUUUACGUAGUUCCCCCUCCCCACCCGAUGUUGACGAAAAGUCGUGUACAAUAUCCCCCCAUCAGAGCAGUUUUUUACGAAUGUUCUUCCCGGAAAAAUGAUCAUCUCUUGAGAUAAUAUCAAGACAACUUCUUCAUCUUCUUCCAACCGCCACGACUAAACAACGGGGAAGAAUCAGAAUAAGCUAUGGUCCCGG